AGAUGGCGGCCAGUGCGAGCGCCCCUGCCGAGGAGCGAGGCUGCGUCGCCUCAGUCCAGCGCCCGUGGCUCUCGUGCGUCCCGUGACUCGCGCUCUUGUGUAGUGUAGAGUGGUGUGGUGUUGUGUUGUGUUAAAGUCAUCUGUGUUAACUUGUCUGUCUGUUCAGACACUCGAGUGCGUAUUCGUUUGUUGACUGAGCGUGUGGUCUAGUAGCAGACAGCGGUACGGCUCCGCGCCCUACCGCUGUCAGGCGGAGUGCCCCGCAUCUCCUAACAGAGCGGAGUAACCUUACUUUGGUGGUGUGUUGUGUGAGAAUGUGUCGGUGUCACUCGUGCAACAUCUGUUAUUUGUGCCGUUUGAGGAGUGUCAUUUCAUAGUACUGUACUGCGCGCUACCUUGACGCGGUGAUUUCAACGCAAGCGGGGUGUGAUAUGGACAGCAUAGUGGCGACAUUCGAACGACAGAAGGAAUCGCUGCCACCGUUCACGAAUGCCUCAUGUCUUUGGUGUCAAGAAAAAGCAGCCCUCGCCCAGCGGGGAGGCUGGGAAACCCCAAAGGUGCCGGCGAGACGGCGGAUCGGCGACGGCGGCGGUAGCGGCGCGCCUGCGUGAGUCUGCGGCCCGCGGCGACACCAGGGAGGCGCUGCGACUUCUCGACGACGGCGCCCCGCUGCUGCCCGACGAGAAUGGCUGCAAUGCCCUGCACUUGGCUGCAUCAGCAGGCCAUGCAGACACUGUGGCUGCUCUCCUGCUUGCUGGCUGCGAUGUUAACAUCCCAGAUUCGUUGGGCUGUAGUGCUCUCCAGCGAGCUGCUGCUGAUGGUCAUGUGGAAGUGGUGAAACAGUUACUCAAGCAUGGUGCCAAUGUCAAUCAUCAGGAUAAUGUGCAUGGCAACACAGCUUUACAUGAAGCUAGCUGGAAAGGCUACAGCCGUACUGUAGCAGCACUGGCUCGAUGUCGUGGAGUCAAUCUUCAUCUAAAAAACUGUGGUGGAUUUGCUGCUCUCCACCUCUGUUGUCAAAAUGGGCAUAAUCAAAGUUGCCGUGAGUUGCUUUUAGCAGGCUGCAACCCGGACCUUCAAAAUAAUUAUGGUGAUACACCACUUCACACAAGUGCCAGGUAUGGACAUGCUGGAGUAACAAGAAUUCUUAUUAGUGCCCAGUGCCAUGUUUCAGAUCAAAACAAGAAUGGUGACACUGCAUUGCACAUUGCUGCAGCUAUGGGUCGCAGAAAACUUACAAGAAUAUUGUUGGAGGCUGGUUGUGACAAAAGUCUUAAAAAUAAGCAAAAUGAGACAGCAAGAGAUAUUGCUUUACGGAAAGAUCUAAAUGAAAUUCUCUCUAUUCUGGACAACUGCCCAGUAUUAAGGGCGAAGUCAAAGUACACAAAGACUGUCCAUGAGAAGGAAAUAAAGAAUGAGAAGAAACGGGAAAAGAACGAGAGUGGGACAAGUAGUAAAGACAGCAGCACCCGUCACAAAGAUAAGAAGAAGCACAAAAACAACCAUAAGGUGCACUUUGAAAGGCCAACAGGCAAGCAGUGGUCACCUUACGGAUGUCAUUACUUUCCAGAUCCUAAAGCAUUUCCACAACCAAAUCUGGAUUCCUUACCACAAGAGCCUCUGAAAAAGGGUGAACAAUAUUAUCUAGAUUUAGCUGGAAACAUUCGAAAGGGCCCAGUAGGCGUUGGAUACACAUGCUACUGUGCCCCAUUUUUCCGCCACAUGGAGGCCCGGCUGGACCGAGAUAAACAGGAACUGAAAGAGCAUAUCGAUCAGGCUCAUGAACGACUUGAUCGCAAAGUUUCAAGCUUGGAGCGCCGUACACAGGGCCGGUUAUCUGAACUAACACGCUGUGUUGAAGAUGGACAUGCACUGUGCGAGUCACGACAUCGUCAGCUUGAACAAUGGCUUGCACGUUCUGGUCCAGGAAGACAUUCAGAGCGCAUGGUAUCAGCAAGAACACCAUCACCCAAUAUUGUAACUAGAGCUCGCAGCUUGGAGAAUGUGUUGGAUGGUGGGGUGGAGCGAUUUGGUGAGCCUCGUGAGCAUAAUCGUAGCUAUGAUGCUCUGCUGGAUGGAAAUUGGCGGGAACAGUCAACAAGACAGUCUGCUGAGGUGCUGCCUGAUGUUGAUGUGUGCUACGAUUAUGAUGACAGACAUGAUGGCAAUCAGCGAUUUGAAACCAUACUCAACAAACGUGCUGCGAUAUAUGGUGACCCGCUCACUUGCAGGUCAUCUAGUCAUGCAACAGCACUACAGCAUAUUGAAGAAGAUCGCCUGCAAAAUAUCUCCAAUCACAAGCGCCCUGACAACAUUAGGCACCAGAAAACUGUUGGCAACUGCAUGGACAGAUGGCUUAAUAAGACUUUUAAGACUGAUGGUGUCAUAGAUGGGAACAGAAUAACUUCAAAUGACAGGGCAUAUAAAAAAAGCAAUGAUCAAGAAGUGUCAUUGCCACUUCAACAUUCAGUGCCUGAAAUGGUUGCACGGUUUCAGAACUCGCAGAUGUCUCAUACAGCCAUCCAGAAGUGCUACAGUCAUCCAUCUGAGCGAGUUGGUGAUAGCUCAGAUUCAAGUGAAGAUGAGUGUGAAGGUCAGGCUGCCGCAGUGGUGCCAAAUUAUGAAAAUGUCUGCCCUCAGCCUGAUGCCUCACAAUUGGCCAGGCAGCGUGUUGGUGUCUACAGCCCAACACAUGAAGCUAGCGAUCUUCAUAAUGAUUCAGGUUACAGUACAAGACUGUAUGGCAGUUCUAAAGGACCUUCACCCUCUUUGUCAGGACAAGUGGAGAGUGAAGCACAUGUUCAGAAGACAACUAUUUACUCAUCCCAGAAGCAAUUAAGAAUCACUGAUCGGCCAACCCAUCACACACAUUUAGGAAUGUUACCGAAACAAAGGUAUGAACAAGAAGGAGAAGAAGAUAGUAAUAAUAUAGUGACCGCAAGUUUAGUGUGAAAUCCCUGCACUGACUUGCAGUAAGCCAAAUGUACACAAAUUGAGCUUUAAUCAAACCCAAACCUUUACUUUUAUAGGUAUAUAUAUAUAUAUAUAUAUAUAUAUGUUUAAACACUGUUUCCAAAGUACAAUAAUUUUAAGUAUUAUAUAUAUGUACAUAUGUCA